AACACUAAAGAAGAAGACGGGGAGGACGGGAAGUCUGUUGUAGUUGACGGUAGUUUCUAAACAGUUUGCGGUCAUGCCAGGUGUGGAAAUGGUAUGUUUCUCGAGGAUGAAUUGUGCUUAAGCGCUUUUGUUUUGAGACGAAUAACCCGCGAGGUGCUAUGAUGCUACAAACACACACACUGGAGUUUUCACAUUGGAUCUACUGAUUAGCCACACCGAGCAAUGGCCUUUACAUUUUCAAGAGGACCGCCAAACAGGAGCAGAAUUCAAGAGCAUGAUCUUAAGACACAUGUCAUGAUGUGACAGCCUUCCUGCAUGGUACUGGUGCUUAUUUUAUCCGUGUUAAGAUGCCCCGACUAGAGGAAGUAGCUAAUGUUGUCCUCAGGGUGCCCAGUAUCUUGGUGUUGGACAUGCUGUAUAAAUGUGACAUUGACAGCUUCACGGAUCAUCUGAAAGCGAGGACAGAAGACAUGCUCUUCAAGUACAAAUAUGUCAUCUGGAACAUGUAUUACUUGGGUCACAUAGUGAGCGCCAUGGUGCUGCUGUUGCCUCUUGGGCAUAUUAUCCAGCUGUACCUGCAUGUUCUCUGUGCCCUGCUACUUUACAUGGGUCAUCAGAUUGUCAGAGAUUAUGUAAGAGAUGAAGCUCAGUACGGGUAUGAUGGUGCGCUCUUUCUGGAUCCUCCGGCAUUGAACCGUUUCGUGACUGCGCUCACCAGUCAGAUAAUAGUCAGUACGCUGUGUGCGUUCCUCAUGCGGACUCAACACGUGUGGCUGUUCUCAGCGCACUUGCUCCCUCUUCUGGCGCGUGUGGUAUCUGUUCGUUUAGACUGGCUCCUCUCACUCUCCUCUGUGGCCAUGAUGAUCACAGGGGCCGAGGUUGCCGUCUUCCUCCUCGCUAACUUCUUUGUGCCGUACAGACUGGCCAGAGCCGCUUACAGAGAGAUAAUGGCGAUAGAGGUGACUGAGUUGCUCAGACUGAUGGCAGUUGGAGUAUCUGUCUGGCAUGGCUUUGCUGUGCCUGUAUUGUUUAGUGUUUUCUGGUAUGUGCUGUUCGGAGUGCAACUUGUUACCAAUUAUGGCACUGUCACUGCUGUCCAACAGGGUCCGCUACUCUACCUCCUCACCAGUGUGUCUGAAUGCUGUGCUAGCCCAUACUCCCUGCUUGGCUUAACAUUUGUGGUGUCUUACACGGCUCUGGGACUUCUGAGUCUCUGUAAGGUCUACCUUGGAGGAUUCAGUGCUCUCCAGAACCAUAAUGUCAUGCACAGGGGUGUGACGGAGGGAGUGACUCUGCUGCUGCUGGCCCUGCAGACUGGGUUGUUGGACAUGGCAUCUCUACAGCGUUGCUUUCUGCUCUUUAUCAUCCUCUUCAUCGUUCUCACAUCUACACUACAAAGCAUGAGUGAGAUCACAGAGCCUGUUGUGUUGGGGCUCGGAGCUAGUAGAAACAGAAGUGUGUUAAAGCACUUGCGUGGUUUAUCUAUGUGUGGAUUUCUGAUGGUGUUUCCGGGAUUCAUGGCCUACAAGAUCUCCCAGAUUUUCAGCAUGGAUUUCUGGCUACUGAUUCUGGCCUCUAGCUGUAUGCUCACCUCACUGCAGGUGACAGGCACUCUGCUGAUCUACAGCCUGUUCAUGGUGGAGGUCUGGCGUGGUGCUGCCCUGCCUGGAUUGGAUGAGAUUGUUUAUUACGUGAAUGGAGUGUGUCGGGUGCUGGAGUUUGCAGUGGCUGUGUGUGUGGUGGCAUACGGGGCGUGGGAGUCACUGUGGGGAGAGUGGAGCUGGAUGGGAGCGUCGGUCAUUAUCAUCCACUCCUACUGCAAUGUGUGGCUACGUGCUCAGUCUGGCUGGAAAAGCUUCUUGCUUAGACAGGAAGCUGCUCGCAAAAUCAGUGUACUUCCACGGGCCAGCACAGAGCAGCUGCAGGACCACAAUGAUGUCUGUGCCAUCUGCUUCCAGGACAUGACAUCAGCGGUGAUCACAUACUGUGGUCAUUUCUUCCAUGGCACAUGUUUGAGAAAGUGGCUUUAUGUGCAAGAGACAUGCCCCAUGUGCCAUGCCUCCAUCAAACCCUCCUCGGCUAAUCCGAAAGCUGCGGCAGAUGAAGCUCCACCGACCCACCAAAACCCACCUCCAUCAGAGCAACAGCCUUCUCCUGAGACCCAUCAGGAGGAGGAGCAGGGAUCACAGGGAGACAGUGAUGAGACUGACUAUAAAUACUCAAACUGAGAGGAAUUGUAGCAAGGAGAGUCUCCAACACUUGCGCUAUGGUGCAAAUGGUGAUUCCCAAGGUGUGGAAAAUCCUGUACCCAUCUGCUUAUCGGAUGGGGACCCUCAAGUGGCUUUUCAGGAGCUUAGGGAAGCAGACUGAAACGUAAGCUCAGUCAGAGAAGCAUGAAUCAGAGAAACUGGCAAAAAAAUGAGCAAAGCUCAGAGAAAGUGGGACACACUGAAAGGAAACCAUAACAGGAGAGGAUUACGAAUAACAGAAUUGCCGCAAAAGACUGCAGGUACAUCAUUUACCCAGAAGACGUUCUGCUGAUUGUGUGCUAGGACUCAGCACACCACAGCACGACCACAGCACCUCCGCAGCAUUAGAUCAUAGUUACCAAAUGAUAUUCAUUUUGAAGAAUCUUUUCUUGUUAAGAUAUAAUGUUGGAUGGUUCAGUGAUGAUUGUCCAGUUCUAAGGAAGACAUGAAAGAGUAGAUGUAUAACAAACAUAUUCCUGUUGACAAUUAACUAAGUCUGUAUUUGUUUUAUUUAAUUGUUUGUUUUUUGGGACUUUUCUGUUGAGUUAGUUCAGAUACAGGUUAUGGUAUGUGUGCGAAUUUCAUUCAUUCGUGAUGCAGAUCUGUUGAUAUCUGUGCCUCUGACCUUUCUGUAUUGCUCCAUUGUGUGCUUUUAUUUGAACUGACAAUAUGUAGUUGUAAUGAAGGAUUCGUGGUGAUUGUUCUCUUAAUUUCAUUAUGCUUUGUGGAUGAGUUCCGCUGGAAAUAAUGGGUAAAAGACAGUCAAUGAAGUUGUGAGCUGUGCAUAAAGCAAAGAUCGGAUCAUUGUUAUUGGGGAGAGUCCAGUUGAAGCUGUUUAACAGAGCAGAGAAUAACGAUUAAAGGCUUAUACAAUCACACUGACUGAAAAGUUGUUUAACUUUUGCCCGGUUUAAUUUGAAACUCAGUCUGUGUGAUUUGAAGACUGUCUAGUUCAUCGUUUCUUCUUUUGCCUUAAUGUUGUAUGAUGAUUAAAACAAUGUACAUUA